CCUCUCACCCUCUGCCUUGCCUCUUGCCUUUAUGUUUCGCACGGACUUGAUCUCCGUAUGAUUGACUGGCCAUUUCGGAAGCUGGAGCCUUGAGAAACGAAAGACCACUUCACUCGCCUAGUACUGCCACUACUUGUCACUGCUUCCUUGCCUUGGGUCUGUCGCGCCGCACUUGCACGAGGCAGCUCCCCCGAUCGUCAACAAAAAGUGAAGACUCUCUGACGUCAAGUGGUCGGCACAACCACAUCUGUCCCUUCUUCCUUCUCUCGACCUUUUUGUUUUCUUCUACAUUUCCACCAUCAAACUCUCCCUUCUCUAACCUUUCCUCAUCCAUACCCUUAAGAGAACCAUCAAUCAGCCAUGAAGUUCUCUUUCUCCAAAUUCCUCGUCGUGGCACUUGCUUCGACCGAGGUCGCUGUAGCCAGCACUUGGUUUGGAAAGACAGCCUACAACAAAUGGCAUGAGACCGAACUUGAGCGUUGGCUCUCCGACCACGAUGUCCCCUACCCGACUCCCGCAGACAGAAAAGACCUCGAAAACCUCGUCAAAGAAAAUUGGCAAGCUAAGGUUGUUGACCCGGUUGCUGCAACUGGUGACAAGGCCAACGAGCACUAUGGCAGUGUCAAGGAUUGGAUCUUCGAUAGCUGGAGCGAAUCUUCUCUCAAGUCUUUCCUCGAUCACCACGGCAUUCCUGCUCCUCAGCCACGAACCAGAGAUAGCCUUCUAGCCACUGUCCGUCACAACUACGAAGCCAUCGCAAAGAAGGCUGGCGAAUACUAUCAUUAUCCCGGCGACUGGUUGUACUCCUCUUGGUCCGAAUCUGAUCUCAAGGAAUACCUCGACGAGCGUGGCAUCCCCGUCCCUCAACCAUACACUCGUGACAAGCUUAUUGCUCACGUCCGACGCAAUGCUCGACUGGCUUCCCUCAAGAGUGCUUCGGCUGCUUCGGCUGCCAGCGCUUCCUACUCCAGCGGUGUCUCCCAAGCGAGCAAGUCUGCAGCAAGCGCUCAGGCCAGUCUUAGCGAUGCUCUCUUCGACGCGUGGUCCGACAGCAAGUUGAAAGAAUUCCUGGACAGCCACGGUGUUCCUGUUCCACAGGGCAGCAAGAAGAAUGAGCUGGUCGCUUUGGCUCGUAAACAUCGUGCUGAGCUUGAAGGCAAGGCCUCUUCCGCUUCUGGGUCUGCCGCUUCCGCCCUUGGUGCUGCCACAUCCUCCGCAGGCAAUGAAUUCGCCAAAGCUACCGAUGAUGCCUCUCUUAUGGCUGAUGAUGCCUUUGAAAAAGCAAUCGGCACCUGGUCGGAGUCUCGUCUCAAGGCUUACCUCGACUCGCGUGGUGUUCCAGUUCCCCAGGGCAGCAAGCGUGACGAGCUUCUGGCGCAAGUCCGAUUGAACAAGCACAAGGCUGCCACUGGCUGGUCUGCAUGGACAUUUGAUACUUGGACUGUUGACAACCUCCGAAAGUACCUCGAAUCCCAUGGGAAGAAGGCCAAGAAGUACGCCAACGCCAACCGUGAUGAACUCCUCAAGCAGGCUCAGGACCAAUAUGCUUCUGCCUCCAAGUCGGGCGGUAGCGGCUAUGCUUCUGUCACUAGCUAUCUUGCUCAACAGACCGAUGCUGCCAAGGACACUGCUUUCGAUACUUGGUCUGACAGUGACUUGAAGUCUUAUCUCGACAGCUACGGCGUCCCCAACUACCAAGGCUCAACCACCAACGAACUCCGAGCACUAGCCAAGAAGCAAGCCAAUUACUUCCGAUACGGCACCACCUCUCCGACAGGAUCCAUCUUUGAACAAAUCAAGAGCAGCUUCCAAUGGCUCCUUGGUCAAGCCCGAGGUACAGCUGCCUCUGCAGGUGCACGUGCUGCUGCUACUGGUAGCUCUGCUGCUAGCCAGGCUUCCAAGAGUGCCACAGACAGUGCCUCUAGUGCCAGCUCUGCUGCCAGCCAGGCUUCCAAGAGUGCUACAAAUAGUGCCUCUAGUGCCAGCUCAGCGGCUAGCCAGGCUUCCAAGAGUGCCAGCAAGAGUGCUUCCAGCGUCAAGAAUGAAUUGUAAGGCGGAAGGUGAAAUGAGUGAAUCUGGAUUCUAAACUCGAUACCCUGGUGAUGGAGGUCAUGGUCGACAUGGGAAGACAAGGAGAGUCGGCGUGAUUGAUUGAUCAACGAUUACCGUAUUUACGGACCGCGAAAGGGAUUGGCUGGUAACGGUCUUAUGCACUGUAUCUCUAGAGCUGAAUAGCUACGAAUAGCAAUACCACGAACAGAAAAGUAUGUUGAUUAUUAUCCCUA